CAAUCGAGACUUAUGUAGUGAUGGAAGAACGUUGUUGUUGGAUCCAUCAGAAAUGAUAAUAGCUUAAGUACCGGCACAAAAUAAUAACUUUGGUCGUAUUGGGUUGGAACUUGAUUUUUAUAAAGUCAGUCGCAUUGCAUGCAUCUAUGUUAUGUGGUUGUCUGGCACCAUUUUAACAAGUACGUGGUCCAUGUACCCGAAGGAGUUUAACACAAGCACUUAAGAAGCUGAGCCUAAGAAGAUCAAGAUUUUGGAGAAUGUCUUCCUUCUGUCCUUUUGAAAUGAUCUACUCCUUGUGAUGUUCAUACGUUUAACAUCCAAUUUCAAAUAAGCUAAUCAAAGAGAGUGAUUUUUUUUUUUUUAAAUAAAUAAAUUUAAUUUUUAUUGACGAUGACGGUUGAAAUUAUUCGAUGGAGAGAAUUCCUAAGCAAAGCUACAUCAGAAAUUGAAAAGUUCUUUGAUAUCCCCUAGGCUACGACGUGCAUUGCAUGAGUCUUGCUUGUCAUUUUAACUUCCAAGUCUUUAUUAAUUACUCUUAUUAUAGCAUCUCAUGCCUUUUCAUCUACUGAUACCAAUAUAUAAUUUUCUUUGGCUUAUCCUCAAAUCCUCAAUUUUGUAUUUUCAAACCCUAGAGUCAAGUAGGUUUACUUCAAGAAAAACUAGGGUACAUAAAACAUAAGGAAAAUUUCUGCAUCAACAUUCUUUCUGUUGAUGGAUUUCAAGGUGGUGAAGAGGAUAUCAUAAUUAUUUCAACUGUUCGAUGCAAUGGAAAUGGAUCAGUUGGGUUUCUUUCGAAUUGUCAGAGAACAAAUGUAGCUCUCACCAGGGCAAGGUAUGACUACGUACAUUCUAGCUUCCGAAAACAUGAUCUAGUAAUGUAGUACUCCACUUUAUUGGAUUGUAAACUUAGUGAUAGCUUUUUUCUUUUACUCUGGUUAUGGAAUAAAACAUGUAGGUACUGUCUAUGGAUUGUUGGAAGCAGGAGUACUUUAGGCAAUAGUGGAUUGGUAUGGAAGAACCUUGUGUUCGAUGCCAAAACUCUAGGGUGUUUUUAUAAUGCAGAUGAUGACAUGGACCUUAAUCAAGCUACAUCAGCCGGUAAAUCCAACUUUUUUCGAUAUCUAAAACUUGAGAAAGCAAGAUGGAGGGUUAUGUUUAGCGACGAGUUUAAGAUCUCUAUAUCAAGCAUACACAGCAUUGAGGUGCAAAAGCGAGUUAAGGAAAUGCUGCACAAGAUCUCUGAUGGAUGGCGUCAGUCCAACUCUGAUGAAAAACUACUGAUGGAUGUGGCCGGCAUUAAUUAUGGUGCGGCUAUUGAAUUGUUGAAGCUAUACGAGCUUGAUGAGAAGCUAAAUCUUGCUUGGACUGUUGACAUUCUUAAGGAAAAAACAAGUUACACUCAAGUUAUCAAGGUUUGGCUCGUAUUACCAACUUCCAAGAUUCCUAAUCUUGCUACAAGUCUUAGUGUCCUGUUUGGAAGAUUUACUGUGAACUUUAUGAAUCGUUGCAAGUACAAAAAUUUUGAAGGGUAUGUAGCUGUAUUCUUUAUAUGUACGACGUAUAUUGUUGUCGCAAAUAUAGUAUGGUUUUAAGGGAAUGUAAUACUUAUUUUUGGCCUACAUACUUGUGUAUAUGUUACAGGAACUUGGUUGUACCGAUGUCAUGGCCACUUCAGUCGUCGUACA